AUGCAACCUCCCAAACUACUGCUCGCCUUGAGCCUUGCAGCCACCGGGCUCGCUCAUGGUAUCCAUCAGCCUCAUCAGCAACACGCACAAGAGCCAGAUCUCACUCCCCGCGAUGAUGCCAAGAACGACAUGGUCCUGAUGGUCCACGAAGUCGAGGUUCCACUUCUGCAGCCGGAGCCCGAUUGCCUAUACUGCGCAACUGUCACGAUCCCGCUUGACAUGGCAGACUUCCUCACAGACAACCUUGCCCCAACCGCCGGGCUGGAAGCGGGAGACAUCACCAAAACUGUAGCUGCCACUGCUCACGUCUUCACACCUGGGUCCAAGAUCGCUGAGCUCGAAAUUCCUGGUGGUCUCGCACCUGGCUUUCACAGAACCACCACUCGGCAGAUGAAGCACCAUCCGCUACACGACAUUACCUUCGAGUACACCAUCAAGAACACAGAUCCAGCCACCGAAUUUGUCAUGACCAUCAGCGACGAGAAGCAUGGCACAUCCACAAUCUCAGCCGAGGUGUCGACGGUCAACGGUGGAACCCGUGAGGUCCUCAUCGAGCGGUACGCAAAGGUCGGGUCCGACGGAUUCAGUACAACGGUGACUGCCACCCCGGACUGGAAACCCGCAAAGACGGCUGUCGACAAUCAUGUGCAUACCAGCAAAGCGACACCCAGACACGUCCAGAUGAACUUUCCAACCGACAAGAGAGCUGGCGAGACAUGGACCACCACGGUCCCGGCCGACGACGCAAUGGUCACAGCGACCAUCACCGUCAUGAACACUGCUCCGACACACUACCUCAUGACAUUCCACGACGGCGAUUAUACGGAAGUCGUUGAAGCCCAAGUCAGCAGAGGCGCUCGGCAUCACCACGUCAGUCUGGAAGAGACCAUGACUCUCAAUGGUUUGACUUCGAAACACGUCGUGACCUGGCCGAACCCGAAGCCGAAGAAGACGAAGGGUGCCAUUGUCCGCCGUGCCAUCCGAACCAUGGUCGUCACCGUCCUUGAUCAGAAGCCUGGCUACACCACGCUCAACAGCCCCACAAACAUCGACUCCGACGUCGAGACUUCUUUCAUCACAGUCACCGAGACCAAGCAACUCGGUGCACCCCUCACACCAGACUCCGAGGUGGAUGUCACCACCGUGUCUGUUGAGACGACUGUCACCCAGGAGACAACCAUUCAAGGAGAGCCGACUACCGUGACCACAACCCAAGCGACGACCUUGACCGUCGCUGCUGUUCGAAAGAGCACCACUUCGUCAUCGUCCAGCUCUCAGACCACCGAGACCUCUGAGACAUCUUCCGAGCCCACGUCGACUGCUGCUGCCGAACCGACCUCCACAUCUUCGUCCGACGACAUGCCCUCGAUCUUCACCAGAUUCAACGUCCCAAUUGGCGCAUCAUCUGACGAAUCCUCUGCAUCGUCUUCGACCACUGAACCAAGUUCGACGACUGAAGCUCCACUGCCGACGACUGAAGCUCCACUGCCGACGACUGCAACUCCACUGCCAACGAUCUUCCCAAUGCCUUGCGAUGCCCAGCAAGUCAUGACUUGGUUGAUCAAUGGUGAUGUCGCCACGUCUGGGGUUACGGUUGCCGAUCUGAAAGAGGAACACCCUGAUCUUGACUGGAACGAGGUUGAAUUCAUCGCCAACGUGUUCCGUAAUAUCAACGGCACGCUUGAUGAACCGACAGCUCAGUCCGCCGCCGUUCACUGCAUUGAAUCCAGGGAUGACGACGAGGACGAUUCAGAGGAUGACUCCGCGACCUGCGCAUGCCCAGCUCCUGGUCUUGCCAACUUUGGAACGGCCCCCACUACCACCACCGAAUUCGAUACCGACCUCGCCUCAGAAAUGCCUCUCUGGACACCACCGGCGCUGGCAGUCCGACUGCAACAGCUUAGCGAUGCUGAUACAACCCCUCCAUCCACGACCGGUAGCGACAUCACCUCUUCGCCAACCGUGACUGGGCACGUCACCGGCAUGCUCGUGGUCGAUGCAGUCGCUCCCUCGUCUUCGAACAUUCCGACCGACGAGGAACUCUGGAGGCCAGCUUGCCGUGGACACCGCUGGCAUAAGAGUAAGGAGCAAAAGUCUGAGUGUGCUCUUCAAAGGUGUAUGUGGAAUUACAUCAAGCCGAUCAACUACACCACAAUCUUCCCGGCCAUGAUGUUCGACCCCUACCGUGCCACCCCAAUGAUGGACUUUGUCACUCAGUACACCGCGCUUGUCGACCAUGUCCACUGGGGCACGUCCGAGAAUUCGAUCUACUACCCAAUGACUGUCUUCGAAAACACCACAACGAGAGAGAGGAUGGACAUCGCCGCUCGCACACUCUUUGUGGAGACCCUCACCACAACCACUGCAAUCCGGCAAACACCGACCGAACUCGCCAAGAAAACCGGAGUUGCCAAAGAUCCGAAAUGCUACGAUGAAAAGAGUUGUUACGAUUACUGCAUUGCCGACUACGAAGAACACAAGCACGGCAUGAAGUUCUGGUUACUCACUGUCGCUCUUCCGAUUGGGCUUCUUAUGCUCGUGGCCUUGUGUUGCUGCGGCGGUCUUCUUCAUCGCAAACGUCGCAAGCAGCCCGUCGACGAGAAGAAUCCCAACGCUGUUCAGGUCGUCACCACUCAAGCCGUCGACACUCCCGCCGCUGCUGGAGCUGCCGCCGCCGCCGCUGCUCGAGGAGGUGGCAACCCAGCUGGCGCUGGAACCAUGGGUCGUCAAGCUGAAGAAGGUCGCAGCCGCGUUCACUUCCCUGAGGAGGGUGCUGGCGGCGCCGGCCAGACUGUCACCCCCGCUGGUCAAGCCGCUGCCGCGCCCGUCGAGAAGGUCGUUCAGGUUCCCGUCACCACUGCGGAGAAGGCCGCCGGAGCCGAGCAUGUCGAGCAUGUGCCUGGCCACGACGGCGCCGAUGGUCACCGUACUGGAAGCGAGAUGAUGGACAUGGGCUCCCUCCGUGGCCGCAAGAAGAACCGCAUGGAGUGA